CAGGUAGAAAGUUAAAGCCAAUUCAUUUCCCCAUGGCUAUUCCAGGAAGAAAUAGAAAGUUCGCACAAAUGCGUUCAGCAUACAGCAGAUGCGGCAUAUUCCCCUUACAAGGGACGCGAAUGUUCCCUUUACAAGAAUUAGGACGCAAAGAUAUCGAUGAAGUUUAGCGCUGAACUAAAAUAAGCUCGUGUGGUACGCGCCAGUCUUCUGCCUGAUGAAUCCGAGGCCUCUACUAACUUCAGCCUGGGACCGUUGCGCGCCCAUUGCCAGGCAGAGACUGUCCCACACACCUGUACAACAGGAGCCAAGCUGCCUCCAGCAUAACAAUAAACUCCCUUUGCUGCUCCUCCUGCCAGGGACUGAACAAGCAACGCAGCGUUUCGUCUCCUUGGUGCCCACCUGUGUGUGUUCUGCCAACUUGGCCAGCACCAAGGUGGAAGGAGACGGAGCGAGGUGCCCAAUCGCAGCGAGAGCCAGAGAAGUUUGUGGGGAGAAAGGGGAACUUGCAGGUCAUUGGCGUGCAGAUUAGCUGUAGCCACGCCCCCCGCCCGUGAUGGCUGAACGAUUAUAAAUAGGCGCAAGUAGGGGUGCGCUCCAAGCUGCGGACUUUGUGCAGGAAUCUUGAGCUUUGCUUUAUUUCUCUAUCAAUUAAAGCUCUCGCUUUUCUAAUUUGUUCUUCCUUUCCACAACUCCCCUUGUACUUUUGAAAUGGAGCUGGCCGCCUGUCCGUCGCUUUGGGCUUACGGGGCUGUGUGGCUCUCCUUCCUUCUUCUGGGUUUCCUAAGGUUCUCCAACUCUGAUGUGGUGCUGACCCCGGCGCUGCUGCUCUACGUGGUGCUGCUGGUGCUUAUCGAAUGGCUCUGCCACCUGUAUCUUCCUAUCGCUCUAGGAAUCCUGUUCCUCAGCUCAGCCUGCUGGUAUGUCCUGGGCAUCGUCUCCCCAAGGAAAACCCUGCCAGUGGAGGCCAAAGUGGUCUUCAUCACAGGCUGUGAUACGGGAUUUGGGAACGUUGCUGCUCAUAAACUGGACUCCAUGGGUUUUAAAGUCAUCGCUACUGUAUUGAAUCUUGAAAGCCCCGGAGCCAAGAAACUUAAAAAAAUAUGUUCAGAUAACCUAACAAUCAUACAAAUGGACCUAACCAAACAAGAGGAUAUCAAGAAGGCUCAGCAGACAACAAAGUUGCACACAGCUGGAAGAGGUCUCUGGGCAUUAGUUAACAAUGCUGGAUACUGUGCUCACUUUGGAGAUGCUGAGUUGACCCUGAUGUCCACCUACAAAGGCUGUAUGGAUGUCAAUUUCUUUGGUACUCUGGAGUUAACCCAGGCUUUAUUGCCUUUUAUCCGUUAUGCCAAAGGAAGAAUUGUUACAAUAGGCAGUCCAGCAGGAGAGCAUUCCUUUCCUUAUCUGGCUGCAUAUGGAUCAUCAAAGGCUGCACUGAACCGAGUUAUGGACAUAUUUCGCCAUGAACUAAUGCCAUGGGGAGUGAAAGUCAGUGUUAUCCUUCCAGCAUCAUACAAAACAGGUGCUCACGAUAAUCAUAUCCACUGGGAGAUCCAGCAUAAAAAGUUGUUAGCCAAUCUGCCGACUGAACUACUCCAAGAAUACGGGGAGGAAUACAUCACAGAAACCCAAAAUAAGUUCCUGAAAUUUGGAGACACAGCCUGUUCUGACUUUAGUCCAGUUAUAGAUAGCAUUGUAGAUGCCAUACUAUCUGAGAAUCCUAAAGUAAAAUACUAUGCCGGAAAGAACUUAUGGAUUCUCUACCUCAUUGCAAUUUAUUUGCCCCAUUCUCUAAGCGACAACUUCUGCAAAAGUCUGUUCCUUAAAAAUAAGGUCCUUCCAAGGUCUCUCAGAAAACAGAAGAGCAAUGAAUAGGAAUAAUAAUCAGAGGGCACUAAAAUGCUCUGCUCAUCGGAAAACAAAAUGUUUCUAGUAAAAAUAAAAAAAAGCGAGAAACAAUCA